CGACGAGGCAUGCAUGUGCCUGUGUGAAUUAUCGACAACAAUUACAAGACAAACUUGAAUAUUUGACAAUAACCUACUACUUCUGGACAGCAAAAUGAGUUCAGAUACGGGACAUGUGUUGAUGUCCGUCGAGGCUGAAGCUUACGUGGAACGUCUGGUGAAAUACAAGCUAAGAGAUGUAGGGAGUUCAGAUUGGUCAAGACAACACGAGAUGUUGGAGAAACUGAACAUGCAGGCGGUGAUGAAUGCCUCUGCCCAGGAAGACGAGUUUGUAAAAGAUUUCUUCAUUUCUUUUGGCAAGUUUGAUGUGCUGAUAUAUGAUCUACUAGUAACGGAAGUAUGGAAAGACAAGAUUUUCUCUGCUUUGGUUGACAUGGACUUUGAACCUAAAACUACAUUCCCAAUUUACAUGGUGCUCUACCAUGAAGCAACAGUAGCUACACUACUGGAGACCACCAUGUAUUUCCGUGAGAGCUGUGAGAAUGCCGAGGAUCAGAUCACAGAUCUUGUCGACUACUGCUACCGAAAACUUACACAACUUGUAGCCAGAAUGCAAGAAAGAGAGAAUGCAGAAUCUGAUGAAGAGGAUGAAGAGACAACUGCUGACAGUGAAAGCAAAACAAAUAUGGAGGAACUGCAAGAACAGGACAAGAAGUUAAACUUUGAGAUCUGUAUCAAAGUCUUAUCUCUACUGCGUUAUAUUGUGGAUCAUAUAGAAUGCUUGCCAAUAAGCGUUUUGAGUCGUGUACUGAACACACAUGAUAUCCCUAUCCUACUUGUACAGCUUGUUGAGAACCCACCUUGGAGUAAACGGAAGGGAGGUAAGCUGUAUAAGUUCAUAGACAACAAGUGGCAGGAGGUCAGCCGAGAGGACAGUUUCAAACUGACGAAGACGGAGGGACAGGUAUGGUUAGCCCUAUUCCAGCUAUUGAUGAACCAGACUUGUCAACAGAAGUAUGAAUUAAAUUCCUACAGAAAAAAUAUCAUAUUGAAGCUGAGAUCUUACCUGACAGAAGUGAUGCUGGACCAAUUACCUGUUCUGGCUGAGAUGCAGCGAUAUUUAGAACACCUGUCCAUGAUGGACCCACCUGCAGCUAAAAAAGACCUGAUCCUAGAACAGGUGCCAGAAAUAAGGGAAAAAAUCCUUUCAGAUAAUGAAGGAAAAUGGAAGCAGAUUGCAAAGAAGCAGUCGAAGUCUCAUUUUAACCCUUCCCAGGCAGACAUCAGGGCUCAAGCUAAAAGGUGGGCAGACACAUAUAACUUUGACAUGAUGCAGAAUUUAUUGUCCGAGCCACCCAAGUGUGCUGUAUGUGGUAAUGAAGCCAGCAAGCGAUGCUCACGCUGUCAGAACGAAUGGUACUGCAGGAGGGAAUGCCAAGUGAGUCACUGGGCCAAGCACAAGAAGGCAUGUAACCUGCUUGUGGAUUCUCUGGAGAAGGAUAAAUCAGAAAACAAGGUGGUACAGCAGACAUGACAGAAGCAGAACUCACAUUAACAUUGGAACCAUCUAAAGAUCAUCUCUCUAUCUGAGGAGGAUUGUCCUCUCUAGACAAAUUUCUUAUAUAAAUAUGUGAAGCAGUUUGUCUAUAAUAUUUCUACUGUGUUUAUAAUUGACAAAAUAUGAACAAAUUUAACAUAUGGAAGAAGACAUUGAUUACUCUUCUUUAAUGGGUGGAGACUGGGUUUAUUCCUAAAUUAUAUUUGGCAAUUGACAUUUUUUUCUCACAAAGUGUAUGCUGUUACUCUCUAAAUUAAAAUACUUUUCACUCAUUAUACUCUAAAACACAGAGUGUCUGCAAUCUGUACGUAAUCAGCAAUCUUUGUUCUGUGUCCAUUCUUCAGUUUUAAACAUGUUUCUAAAGGUCUAAUAUAAUUUAUAAGGAGUUCAAAAGCUGCUAUGAUCUAUAUUAAACUCUGGCCCUGUCACUAUAGUUUAUUUGUUCUAACUCAGUUUAUCCACACUGUAUUCUGCAACACCGUUUGGUGUCUUAAUUUCAAAUAUUAGUUCUAAGUUAUUCAUCCUAUCAUUGCAACCUUGUUAAUCUGGAUUCAAUGCAAUCCAUUUUCAGCUAGCCUUUAUAUGAAGUUUAGGGGGAUUGAACUUCUUUACUCACUUCAGCAUAGGUUUCUAGGCACAAUGAUAAGUGAGUUUAGUAUGUACAUGAAUGUAUAUGCUUUUUUCUGCAGCAUUAUGUUUUUUCAUUUGUUCAACAUCAUGAAAGUGUUUUGUGAUGUUUUUAUGAAAUGGAAAUUACGGCCAAUUAAUAGAGGAAGUGAGUUUGAGUAUGAAAAUGACAAUGUGUCAAAGUUUGUGAGGUUUUUUGUUUUGUUUUGAAUCAUGUUUAUGAUGGAAGGUAGCUGAUUAUAUUGUUUCAAUAGGUAAUUUAUUGUAAGAUAAUCAUUCAUAUGUCGAUUUUAUCAUUUCACCACAGUGAACACGUUUAUAACCAACCUCGAGUUUCUCCAUACAUGUAUAUGUAUAUUCAGUUAAGUGUGUUAUUGAUUAAAGUGUAAUAUACGUGAUACGGACAGACUUUUUAAAAUAAUUUGUACAAAGUACAAGAAUAUAUAUUAUGUGUUGUGAGAAUAUUUAAAAUAAAUAUUUUUUCAUACCAGAUCAGUGAGUUUUUAUGUGUCCACCAAAAUGUUGGUUAUAAAAUUAUCCUACCAAAUAUCUUACAGUCAGUAUCAGACCAGUCUUUCCAGUUUUCGUCUUGCCGGCAACAAAGUCAUGAAUCAAGUCUAUGGUGUUAUGUACUUUUCCAGCGCUGGCAACAUUUCACUUAAAGGUUUACAUUCAGAUCAGUUGCUCAAAAAGUGCAAGUACAACUUUAACCAAACUCGGUAAACAGUUAUAUUAUAUAGUUACGUAGACAUAUCAACAUAGACUCAUUUACAGAAUAUCAUCCAGAAUUUAUGGCCCAGUGACUCUGGAAGUUGGGGAGGCUGGGAAUUUCGACUUCCAAGUGUUGUGUUUUGCUCAGUUUCUCAAAAAGUAUUAUGUUAUUUCAACCAAACCUGGAAAAUAGUUUCAUUCUAGUAUGGAUAUCUGGAUUUCUGAACACAGAUUACAUGUAUCUUAUUAUUACAAAAAUGUAUUUUUGGGUUAAAUUAUUAUGAAAAAUUUGUAGUUUCUCCAAUUGAUCUACAAAUCAGUUUAUAGCCAAAUUAGAGUUAAUUCUUUAAAUCAGAUUUAUUUUCUUCUCACUUUCCAGAAAGAGUGAUUUUUGGGGUAGGAGUGAAAUUUAGGUGGAUUUUGAGAAUUUGUGAUUUUGCAGAAUUAUAUAUUUAUUCUACAAUGCAUCAAUAUUUACACACCUAUAAGGAUAAUGAAAUCUAAGUGGAUUUUGGAGUUUUCUUAAAACUAAUUGUAUACUGACAAAGUAGGACAGACGAGACAUAUAAUUGCCAGUAGUGUAAUUCUUUUGGGAUAUAUUUUUUAGGAGAAUCUAAUGUGUGGAGAUGCAAACAUAUUAAAAUAAAUGUACUGUGCUAAAUUGCUGUUUCUUGUUCCAUCAGGAUGAAGGGACACAAUCCUUAUAACAAAAGUUAAAGCUGAAAGCUAAAAAAAAA